GGAAGAUGCAACAAAAAUAAAACACCCCGUUCCAAAAUCUAAAAGAGAAUCGUACUAGUUAACUUCCCUCAAUCAACACCGCCACCAGCCAGCCCUCCUUACCCCACCCUUUCCCCCAACCAAAACCAAAGCUACUUCCCACCACUAAACCAUCCCCACAACCCUUCCUUUUCCUUCUUCCGUCUCUUCUCCUCUUCCUUUUUCCCCUUCCACCACCACCCGGCCACCGUGCCAGCUGCAUAGCCACCCAAAUGACUCCAAUGAUCCAUCACGGGCAUCCGCAGCCGAAACGGCAACACCACCAAUGACGCAAUUUCGAUAAACACGAUGACACUCAGGAAUGUCGAGCCCUUGGCGGAGAAGGUCUCUUGCCAGGAUUGCGGGAGGAGGGCAAUGGUUAGUUUGUCGCUAUUUUAUGGGAGGGGUUAAUGUUAGCGGUAGAUCAAAUUGUAAAGGGAAUGGAGAGAGGGGAGGACGAACUUUGCAUGUAUCAUGCACCAGGCGGCGACGAGGCCGGCAAUGGCGCCUGAGGCGCCGAGGGAGGUUACGGUUAGUUUAUUUUGGAGGACGUGGGCGGUUAGGGAGGUUAGGGAGGCGAUGACGCCGGCAGAGAAAUAGAGGGAGAGGAAGUCGGCGCGGCCGAGUUCUUCGUGGACUAUUUUUGAAGGUUUGUUAGAGCCAGCGUUUCCUUUUAAAAUUUACUAGACUUUGGGAGUUGAAUUAAAGGAAAGGUGGGAGGUAAUAGGAUAUGAAUAAUAGAGAAUCAUUGGCAAUAAAGGUAAAACGUCACUUACGUCUUGUCCCGAUGAACCACAAAAUCAACAUAUUGGCACCUAGAUGUCGGAAUUGUUGGUGGCUGAAUAUGCUGCCGACAAUGCUAAUUGAGUACGGAUACAACGGCACGCUGAUGAAAUAUCGAUUCAACAUUCUCCAGGCGGGCGGGACGGCUCGCCACAUGGCAAAGAUGAGGACGUUUGCCCCAAUGAGACCGAUCACGGUUGCUGCGGCGGGGGGUGUAUUGGGCAUCAGGCGCUCCUGACGAGGUGCUGGCUCAUAAUUUUCGGCGAGGACACAGCAGAGGCCUAUGGUAAGGAGUGUUAUACAGAGAGAGGGGAGGAUUCGGCUGGCCUGACAUACCUUCGAGAGUUUUGAGGUAUCCAAAUCCUUUGCUGUUGCCCGAAGAUGAUGUUUCUGCACCCAAGCCAACGCAGGACGGACAUCCGGAUCCGCACGAGGUUUAGCUAGAAGGGGGGUACCGGUUAGAAAAAGCCCAGCAAAACCAUCACGGCAGAUAAAAAUUAAAUGUGGAAUGUGCAGAAUAUAGAAAUACCUUCCAUAACAGCGGCUUCCUCGAACUUCCGCAACUCCAUAUUUUUCUGAAUGCUCCGCUUCAACUUUUCCCGAUCCUUCGCCUCGCCUUCCAGCCACUCGCGUCUCCGCCGUUCAUCAUCCAACUUAUUCUUUCGCUCGUUCGCCUCCCUCGUUUCCUGCAGGAUACUUUUGCCAUAAACAUCCCCUUCCUUCUCUAUGGGUUUAUCGAACUUCCCACUCUGCGGUUUAUACAGGCCAAGCGCUUGACCACGCUUGAUCAGCUUCUGCUCCUCUGCAAUUUCUUCUCGUUCAAUACGCUUUAGAAUCGCAGCAUCUUCGUCCACGGGGUAUCUUUUCCGCAGCCAUUCUAGUCCUGCUAUUAUCGUAUCCUCCGCCACAACAUUCUUUAUAUCAGCGGGGAGAUCGACAUCGAUGGUACCGGAGAUACGACGUGCUUGGAGUAUUCGUAGCAUUCUGUUGCCCAGCGGUACUGAGAUCUGCGACUCUGAACCAAAUAUUUGGUAGAGCUCCAGAGCAGAGAGAUCGCGGGCUCUGAACCGAGCGCCAUCUUCGCGUCUCUUGAGGGGCGGAGGAGAUCGGGGUGCUCUGGCGGCGAAGGUAGCGGAAGAGGAGAAUGUGCGGGACGGAAAGGAGAUUCGACGGGAAUGACACGAUUGGAAUAUGCCUGUAGGUUUAGUUGGAGAUAGUAUAUUCUGGAAGGGAUUGGAAAUAUUCUGCAGGCUACUCAUAGAGCGGGUUGCAAAAUUCCGGCCGUCAGGCCAUAUCAUCUGGAGAAGGGCGAGGGGAGCUGCUUGGGGAGAUGGCGAGGAGCGAAUGCCCAUGCACGGUCUUCGCCAUGCCACCGAGAAAACAUUGUUCAUCUCCCACAGCUCAAGAGAGAUCUCAUCUGGCUACAGAAACGGCUUUCAAUAUCGUGAGUUGUAAUUGUAGGAGUCUGAAUUUUUUGGCGGGAGAACUUUAGCGCGGAAAUGCGGCUCCACCGGCGCCUAUGUGCCGCUUAUUAAGCGCGAUUAGCGCCAGGUUUGCCUUUGAUAUGAUGUUCAAUUAUAGCACCAAAAGGGCAAAAUAUCAUAGCUACGCCGACAUUGUUAUGCUUAUUUAUGCAUAACUAGCUAUUAAUUGGAUCUCAUGGCUAAUUACAUUGUAUUAGAACCUGAGGUGGAGCUUCUUACACAAUUUUCACAACUUGCACUGGUGUUGAGCCUCAAAAACGUCUUAUGUCAUCCCGCCUUCUACAUAGCUUACUUCCAAAUAUCAACAACCUCACACCUCUCUUCUUUAUCUUGAAAACACAGUUUUGCUUCACCCUUAAGGCUGUUGGGCCCAUUAAGCUUACUUGAGUUGGUUUGAUACUGAGUUUUACUUCCAGUUUCCCUUACCUGCCCCUCCAUUCAGUCUGAAAUUACCCCUCAAUAGCAAGCUAUCCACCCCACCUCAAAUCCAAGCGUCUUCAUUCUAUUCCUAUAGUUACGACCCCGACCAUCACCACAGGACAAAACAAAAUCAAUUUCUAAAACAAUGUCCGCCGCCUCCACCCCGAUAACCCCACAAGCCUUCGCCGAAGCGCUAAAAUCCCUUCCCCUCUCUUCCCUCUACGCCAAAGGCUCCGAGCUUCGCAACUCCAUCGCCCACCUCCAGCGCUCAAACGAUGAGUUGGCCCGGUACAUAGCGGAAGAGUCACCGGACGGCCACGAUAAGGACUGCGAAGAUGCCAUUAAGGAGAAUGAGGUGGUUAUUGUUCGUAUGCAGGAGAGAAUUGAUCUUUUGAAGGUUGAAGUGGAGCGUAGGGGGAAGAGAUGGAGUGAGGAGAUGGAGAUGGACAUAGACAUAGACGGGGACGGGGAUAUGAAUGGUGGGGCUGAAGGGGAUGUGGGCGUGGGCGUUGGGGUUGCUGACAGCGGGCCUACGGGAACGGGAACGGGAACGGAAACGGAAACGGAAACGGGGAGUGGGAUAAAUGCCGGUAACAAUAUCCUAAAUGGAGAUGCCCAAACAACGACGGGGCAACAUGCUCAGCCCCUCAGUAAUCAAAAUAAUAGCGCUGCUAGCGCGGGGCGGAAUGGUUCUGGUGGUGAUGAUGAGAUGCAGGGAAGUGAGGCUGGUGUGUAUUUAUGAGCUACGUUGCUCAUCAUUUCAUCGUUAUAUUGCUGUCGAUUGGAUGUCUCGGCCCACUUCGCCUUUCCCUUGUUUUUAGGGUCAAUAUCGAUAACAUGGCCGAGACAUGUUACGGGGUUUGAUAUUCUAUUAUUCGCCGUCGAUUCCCGAUGUGUCGCUUUUGGCCCCCUAUUUAUUUGUCAACUAUCCUGCCGAGGAAAUACGGACCCUGGCUCUGUGGCUGCCUGGCCUUAUGAGGCGUCUGAAACAUGCCUUCAGCCAUCAGCCCUAUUUGAGAACGGGGUGCCAGGAAGGUUGAACGAAGAGUUGGGUUGGAGGGUCAGGGGAGUUGUGUGAUGUCGCUUCGCUUUCGCAAGGAAGUGUGCUUUAGGGUUUGGUUUAUCGGAAAGUUAUAAUAGCCUGGUAGGGCGAGGAAAUGUAUCCGGGGCUAGCAGAAAGUGAAGAACAGGAUCUACCCAUGCCACCUAUUUAUUUAUACUUAAAGAAACGGCCGGACUGCGUAAUGUUUCCGUCGGGACAACGAAAUGAGCCGGAAGCCGCAGUGACUUAAAAAGGCUUGUAGAAAGCUUAAACUUAAUACAUUGAGAAGCCUUGAGACAUUAAAAAGAAAACAACCGUUGCAGGGUUUAUUGCAGGAUUUUGGUUGAAUGUAACUAAGUCAGUGAUUGCCGUCCUCGCCGAAGCGCAGCUCCCUCGAAAACAAUUGUUUAAUUUUAAAUUGCCCGCUAGCUACCUGAGAAAUUGAUUGGCUGGUUGCUGGAGACAUGCAAAAUCAAUAUUUAUGCGAAGAAAAAGCGAGCAGGGCAGUUUCAAAAUGAGACUUUAAAAUGGAGGGAGAAACGGAAAAAUGGGAAUCAAAGUGUAAAAAAGAAAAUCCAUGCAGACAUAUGCCCGUUCCCGAAGAACAAAAUGAAAUAACAAACGAAAAGAAACAAGGCCCAAUAAACAUAAGAUAUCUGGGUCGAGGGCUUCAAUAGCUUUAAAAAAAAUCGCCAAUAAGAAUAAUGAAACGGGAUAUGCCCAGUUUGGCCUUCUCUCCCCUGAGUGACAAAUAUGAUUAACGCCCUUGACUUUAUGAUAUGCGUCUCCAUUCC